GUUGCUGAGCAGCAGCCAGUCGUGUUUUUCCCCUCGCUGAGCGCUCUCUCUCUCUCUCUCUCUCGCUCUCUCUUUCUCAUCCUCUGCUCUGACUCUCUCGUGCGCUCUCAGACUCAGCAGACAGACGAGACCUCUCCUCUCCUGAUCCUCUUCUUCUCGCCUGUCUGUAAUUUUUUAUUUCAUUCUGCCACUUUACCUGAUUCUUUUGGGUUUUUCUUUUUUUUUUUUUUACAUUUCUUCCUCUUCUUGUCCCCCCAGGCCCCCUGUUUCUUGGGGCAUUAUUGGGGGUCCCAGAGUGUAUGUGUGUGUGUGCGUGUGUGUGUGUGUGAGUGAGCGUGUGUUGGAGGUUUCGGCAUGGAAGCAGUGGCACUUUAUACGUUUCGUGCCACAGAGGGCGAUGAACUCAGUUUCAACAAGGGAGAAAUGCUCAAGAUCACCAACAUGGAGGAUGAUCCUAACUGGUACACAGCUGAGCUCCACAACAGGAAGGGCUUUGUGCCCAAAAACUACAUCAACCUGAGGCCCCACGCCUGGUUUGCAGGGCGUAUAUCGCGCGGCGUGGCAGAAAGUCGACUCAGACACCGGGAGUGCGGGGCUUUUCUGGUCCGAGAGAGCGAGAGUGCCCCUGGAGAGUUCUCAAUGUCUGUCAGUUAUGGGGACCACGUUCAGCAUUUUAAGGUGCUGCAGGAUCGCUGCGGUCAGUACUACGUGUGGGACGAGCUCUUCUCCUCUCUGAACGAGCUCGUGGAGUUCUACCAUAGCAACAGCAUUGCUAAGGAGAGGACCGUCUUCCUGAGAGACCCCGAGCACUUCGCCAGGCGCCCCCAUCACGCCCACGCCCUCUUCGACUUCACGCCACACCACCCCUCCCAGCUACGCUUCCUGCGCGGUGAUGUCAUCGAACUCAUGGACUGCUCAGACUCGCAGCGCUGGAGGGGCCGUUGUCAUGGACAUGUGGGCUACUUUCCUCCAGAGUACGUCCAGUCCAUUUAUCACUGCCAGUGAUCUGACCAUUUCCAAGAUCCAUCAUCUUAACCUCGCCCCUCACACCUUCAUCAUCUUCCCCACGCUUGACCAUGCUUUGUUUGGGGGCAGAAGAAUGGACGGCCUGCAACCAAAAAGAUUGGUUUGUUACUGACUUCCUCCUAUUUCCCUGUGACGUCACCUGUCAAGCCCGAGCUCUGCCCAAUCAGCUACUUCAGGCUAAUCAAAUGCUUCAACCUCAUCCCACCGCUCCACUUCUCCCAAAAAAUAAAAAAAAGUUCACAUUUGGACCUAGACACUGUGGACAGCUCACACAUACAAGCACAGCUAAACAUAAUCCCAGGAAUGUUCUUUUUUCUUGUACUGCUUUUCAGUUUUGGUUCAAGCUAAAUACAAGCAAAACAUACCUGCCUGAUAAGAGGGAAAAACUUUGGGAGGUUGCUGAUGGAGGAAAAGUUUUCUCUGCUGCAGAUGAGUCGGGGUUUCAGGAUAUUUCUGUCACCCCCACAUGGAGAUCCGGUGAAAGACACAGCGGUAUUGUGUUGUAGAAAGUGAAACAACAGAUUAAUCGCUGGCUGGGCUUGAGUGUUUAAAUGUGUGUAUGCUGAGGGGUCUGAGUGUUUAACGUGGAUCUUAACCUGCAAACUUAAUCCAUGUGUACGUUUUAUUGUGUGUAAACUGGGAAAGGGAUGCAUGCGUAUGUGAGUUUGUUGGAGUGCGUGAGUUUGUACAGCCCUACUGUGUUGACCAUUAGGACCAGUUAAGGGGAAUUCUUUGAUGAAGUGACCAGUUUGUUGAGCACUGCCCGGCCCUAGAUAACGCUUUCUUUUACUACACAGCUUAAAAUGUAUUACCCUAAACUCAAUAUAUGGGUCAUUUGUUUGUUUCAAUGUAUUUAUUCUUAAUAAUGGGUAAUCUUUCAAUAGGCUACAUGUAAUUCAAGAACAAGUUAACAUUGUAAAAAGAUUUUCUUUCUGAUGUAACCGAUUGUUUAAACACAUUUUAUGUGAUAAAGAACUUGGACCGGUCUUCCUUAACCUGUAAUGACAAGUCAUAAAAUAAAGUGAGACAUUUACCUCUUUCAACUUUGACAAUGCA